GCCAAGAAAGCGCAGUUGCCGGCUUCGUUCAUACGCUGCACUCGCUCUCGCGGCCUGGAAAGAAGAUCACGUAUACAGGAAGCUACGAGUAAUCGAUCCUGCUAGUUGGUUCGAGCUGAAUCGCGCUGUAGCGCAAACGCACCGGGUGCGUCACACUUUCCAUGGCAUAUGUAGAUAGCUGGGCUAACAAAAGAGAAACAGGCGUGAAACAGGAGUGAAACUCGGGUGAUUCUCACGGAGUCGCCCCAACUGCGACAGCAGUCAAGUCAGGACAAGCCGCGACCAGCCCCCAUCGCCGGUGCACGAUUCGGGCUUCCUCCCUCGCCAGCACACCGUUUGCCCCAAUUUCAAACCCAUGUAGGAGCUCCUUUGUCAUACGUAACAGCGCAUUUGGCGGGAGAGCUGGGGGUGCCCGGGGGAGACCGGGCGACGCGUGCGAAGCUGGAGGGGAAUAGUGCACCGCGAUUGACCAGUGCAAAAGGGUGCACCACACCCCCAACCUGUGACUUCGCAAAUCCCUGUACAGCUUAAAUUCAGUUCCACGCUGAAGUCUAUUUGAAUCCCUACAAAGGAUGCGGAUUACAAGUGAAGGGACAGCCCGACAAGCGGGGGCGAGCCCUGCGAAGCUGACCUGACCAAAAGUACCAGCUUAUGCUUUCAAUUCAGUUUGCCUUGGCCAGAUUAUCCCAACUGAAGUUACUGCUGCGCUUUAACAUUCUGAUAGAACGCGGCGCUCAUCGGUGAAUCAUUCCUCCGGACAGACCUCGCUACCUCUGUCGUGCACUAUCCCUACACUGAACAUGCUGCGCUCCACCCUCAGCCGCGGCAACGCUGCCUCACAGCGGCCCGUCGCUGCCUCACAGCGGCCCGCGCUCACCAAGGCCGCUGCCGCGCUUUCAGCGGCCAAGGCCAUGCAGCAUCAAUCGGCUGCUGUACCCAGGCUCGGUGGGUCGGCACGCUCAGUUGUGGCUGCUGCUGCUGCUGCUGCUGCUGCCGACCGCUUCGGCGAGGAGGAGAUCGCUGAGGUCCUUGCUGCGAUUCCGCCCCAACACCACGCGACCGUGUUCAAGCUUUUCUGGAAGCUGAUGGCGCAGAUCAUCGCCAAGAACCAGGCGCUGGCGGCCAAAGCCGACGAGCUGACGGCCAUGGCCAAGGACUACGCGGCCAUGGCCAAGGACAACGCGACCAAGACCGAGCAGCUGUACACCACCAAACAACAGCUCCUGUUCGCGCUGUCCGCUGCAGGCGUCUUCAACGCCCGCUCCUUCGUGGAGUACGUGGCCAACCAGUGGAGGCAGGAGCAGGCCGGCGGCUCGGCGAAGAAGCGCCAGGACGUAUUCAAGGACGGGCUGCGCACGCGCCCGGACCUGGUGCUGUGCCUGCUGCGCGACGUGCCCAGCUGGACACCCGCCAGCAUGACGGAUGAGCAGAAGGUGGAGAGCAUGGCCGCGAACCUGGAGGCCAUCAUGCAGGACGCCAGCAACGACGUACACUCCUUCAACACGGCGUCGGGGCUGAUCCUGCACCGGGACGUGCACAACAGGCCCACGGUGGCAAGCCUGUCCUGCAUUGCGAGGAGCAUGGGCGUGCCCUGCCACAUCAAGGAGGAGAAGGAGGACAACGACGCCACCUCCGCGUGAAGGGUUUGUUUGUGGCUCGGUGACUGUUCGAGGCCAUGGCGAUGCUGGGCACCCUUGUGUGCCGCCUGCGUCGGUGGCGCCACAGGUGGCUCAGCGGGCAGGCAGCUGUUGCCUCAACCACAGCACCCACAUACAGUAGCCGUGUUGAUGGUUGGCUUUAUUUGCUAGGUUGAGAUGCGCGGGGAGUGCACCGGCGAGUGGGGCAUCAAUUAUCAUUUGUGCGUACUGAAUCAUUAAUGUUGUAGUGUGGCUUUGGAGCUGAGCCGCUGUCAAGCUGUUUGUGUGACGUGGUUCUUUCAUGUGUAUCAUGUGUACGUGAUGGCUCGCAGUCUUUUACGUAAAACAAAAGACUGCGAGCCAUCACGCCCUUGGUACACAUGAAAGAACCACGUCACACAAACAGCUUGACAGCGGCUCAGCUUCAAAGCCACACCACAUAACUCAGUACGUACAUAAUUCAGUACGCACAAAUGAUAAUUGAUGCCCCACUCGCCGGUGCACGUCGUAAGAGUAAGUUCACGAAGCCAAAGCUGUAUCGGCGUCAGUGAAGCCUACAAGGACGAGGGAGCCCGUGUGGUUGCAUGUACAGAACGCUCACGUGUCUACUUUCCGGGUCGCGCCAUGCACGGGGCGUGCGGGCAGUGGAUCGACAUCAAGAUGGCGGCCGGGCAAUCCGACGGGACAGUGAACGCGCAGUGCGAGCACUGCAGUAAGCGCGCAAAGGCUAGCAUUAAGAAGUGGGGCCUGAAGGAGGGCAUUGACCUGUGCGGCUGAGUGGCUGUGGUGUUGGUGGCAUGAGGCUCAGGGCCGGGGCCGGCGCGGGAAAAUGCCUCUCGAUGUGUAAGGUUUUUGGGAUGGCCCUUAACGCCCCGUUUGGACGAGUGGUGCUUUGGCCCUUCGCCGCAUGCAAGUUUUGCGCGCAUCUGGUGUGACCGUACCAUGGGUGUGUUUGGAAAUGUGAUGGAGGUUGGGGGGAUUCAAAUGACAUAUGCAACCUGCAUUCUGCGUCUGGCGGGGCCCAUGGAUCUCGAUGUGCGACAACUGUCACGCGCGUAUCAUAUGGGCUGCAAUUGCAAUGCAGGUGGCGGCUGUCUGACGUUCGUGAGAGAGCGUGUGGAUAUAGGACUGUGUAGGUGUUGUGCGCACCUUCAUUGCUUCACCACUUCAUACGCGUGGGGAGUGUUUUUGUUGAAUCGGCAACUCGCCCUAGCUCAGGCGUGUUGGUGGGGACACGUACGGAGUGACCUCAUUGCGCAAACAUGAAGGCGGCAAUGAGCGUGUGAGCGGUCAAGCGAAGCUCCUAUGCGCCUCACGUGUGCUCCUGGAGGCUGGCGCCUGAGCUUGAUGCGAAUUUCUUCCUCCGCCUACUUUUGCUCCGCCUGGCUGGUGUUGAGUGGAUCCCGCGCGUUCACGAACUCCUGGUGUGGGUGCAAGUGGAGGGAGCUUUUCACGGCUGAGAGCCUGUGAGACUUGCAGGGGCGCUCAGUGUCAACGCGUCAACUGCAAACUACUGCAGCAACCCUGCAAGUGCGUGAAAGCGACAUGCGCCAUGGCUUCCGGCAACUGUUCUCCCCUGCUUUGUGGGAGCGCGGAGAUUGUAACGCGAGCGGUGA